AUGGGGGUAGUAGUUGAUGUGUUCAUUGCUAAGAAGAAGAAUAAUCUGGGACAAAUGUUUGCAUUUGCCAGGUUUAUUAGGGUGAGUAAUCAGGAAUCUUUGUUGAAUUCUCUUUGCAAUGCUAAAAUUGGAAAUCUUAGACUGCAUGCCAAUUUGGCUAGGUUCGCUAGGGAGGAUAUUAAGACUCGGUCUGUUCCUGGUUCUAAUAAUGGUGAUGUGAAUAAUUUUAGUGGUAAUCUGGUGGGGAAGACUUCUUAUGCUCAGGUGUUGUCUGGUGACAAAAUUACAGUGGAUAAGGAGGUGAAAUUGGAAUCUAAAUCCCAUAUGUCUAAUGUUAAUAUUGCUUGUAAUGUUAACCAAAGACCAAACUACCCCUGA